ACAACAGCAACACAGAGGAACCAGGAGAUGGCCGACUGGCGUUAGCCGAUGUUAUCUCUUGCUAGUUUCUCUCGCAACAUUUCGUUUCGCACAUCUUCACACCGAGGUGGACGUUUCCCGAAAUAUAACGCCCAUCCGAAAUGACGGAACAGAACAACAAUAACGUGAGGUAUCAAGAGCUGGUGAAUGAGGAGGAGCCAGCGCAGCCGUCCCAGGAGGCCCCUGCUCAGGAUGCACCCCCACCCUACAGCAGUAUCGCUGCAGCGAAUGCAGCUUUCUUUGAUUACAAGGAUGAUGGAGGAAGAUUUCCUAACCCACCAUCCUACAAUGUUGCCACGACGCUGCCCUCCUACGAUGAAGCUGAGAGAACCAAAGUAGAGGCUGCCAUUCCGCUGGUCUCAGGAAGAGUAACGGAGGAUGACUUUGUGGCCAGGGAUGACUUUGAAGAUGCAGACCAGCUGCGGAUAGGAAAUGACGGCAUCUUCAUGCUCACUUUCUUCAUGGCAUUCCUCUUCAAUUGGAUCGGCUUCUUCCUGUCGUUCUGCUUGACCACAUCAGCAGCAGGCCGAUAUGGAGCCCUCUCUGGAUUUGGCCUGUCCCUCAUCAAAUGGGUGCUCAUUGUCAGGUUUUCCACAUACUUCCCUGGUUACUUUGAUGGGCAGUACUGGCUGUGGUGGGUGUUCCUGGCCUUGGGCUUCAUGCUAUUUAUCAGAGGGUUUGUUAACUACUCCAGAGUGCGUAAACUGGCUGAUCCCUCUUAUGCCACACUUCCCCGAACAAGGGUGCUUUUCAUCUACUAGAGCUGCUUUUCAAUCAAGCAAAGUUUCCGUAACCAGGAUUUAAAAUAUUGACACCAACACAAACGACUCCGCCAAAGGUUCAGACAAAAUUGAAGACACCUGUAAGAUAUCAGCCAGGUGAAGUAUGGAUGAAGAUGACUCUCAGUAAAAUAUUCAGGAAUUAUGACAUUUGUUUAAUUUUGAUGGAAAACUUACUAAUGGAAAUUGAUAACGGUAGUAGUCCUUCUAUGUACUCAUUAGUUGCGAAUGUUAAGUGCUAUUCACAUUUACGUGUGUAAUGUAUGAGUAAUGCCUUAUAUCAUUUGAUGGUAGCAAACUAGCAUGUAUCUGCCCCUUAACUCAGUUGGGAAGAGUCUCAUGUCGGUGACACCAUGCUGAAAGCCAACAGGUAUUAUGAGAUGACAACGCUUUGUUGACUUGCCAUGAGCAUGCAAUACACUUUGUAAUCAGUGAUAGUAGUGUAAUAUCACCUUAAUGAACAUUUAGUGUGACUACUAUAGGGUGUUUUCAGAUUACUUCAGACUUCUAAAAACUUAGGCAUCAUUAUGCUGUAAAUGUUACUGCUAAUAUAUGUGGAUUACCAUAUAAUUGUUCACUCACCUGUUGGCUUUAAGUAGUGUUGCCCUUAUUCCAACCAAUAGAGGGCAGUGGUCUGCUGCUUUGUUUAUGAAAUCAUUACAGACAUUACAAACCAUUCAAAAUGGCAUUGUCAUAGCAUUCAUGAUUGCAUUUCAGAUCUAAUACAGCAUCAAAGGAACAGACAUUUUAAAAAAAUCAAAUUGCAUCCAUGCAUCAGUAGUUAUGAUUUUGCCUGGAAGUGCUCUGUUGUUAAUUGGAGAAAAUCCACCUUGGACUAGAAUUCAUGAGGUCCUGUGAUCCUAAAGCGUUUAGUAUUCCUUUGUUAAUAUCAGUGAGUCACAUCCAAAGAUGGAAAGGAGAAAGCCAAGAUGUGCUCAAAUGAUGAACCCUGGAGAGGCACCACUGACUCUUUGGGGAUACUGACUUUAUGGACAGUUGUCCUCAGGGUGAUGUUUGUUUUUUGUUUUUUUUGGGGGGGGGGGGGUCAUAUGAGCACAUUUUCUGGUUCACUAAGUUGUUAUACUGAUUUCUGAUGGAAGACCUUCAUAGUCAGCCCCAGGGUCAUUACCAGUGAAGAGGCACGAGAAGGUGUCUCUUUGACAUCUAUGAGUCACGAUCUCCAGAUUUUAGCUUUGUAAGUAUGUUCUCAUCGUUUAGCAAACAUGGUGAACUAUUUUCGAUAAUACAAGUAACUUGUGAAGUCCAUUUUAGGGUGGAUUUUUGCAUUUUACCGGUUGGGGGAUGAUAAACUUUCUAAUGAAAUGCUUUUUUUUUUUUUUGUGAAUAGGGUGUAACUUAGAAGUUCUCAUAUCCAAACUGUAUCAAAGAAUGUCGUAUGCAGUCGCACUUUUAGAAACACGCUGGUGGAAACCCAGGGGAAUCUUACAUUAUUUGAAUUCCAUAGUGAACUACAGAUGGCUACAAAGUUUUGUGUCCACUUUGUAUUUGAGCAAAAUAUCUUGUAAUGAUAGUACCGUCAGACCUUGGGGAAUUAUUUACUUAAAACACUAAACAGCUCCUUAUCACACAAUUUGAAAUACAAUUUAUGGAUUAUUUAGUAUGUCAUGGCAAACUCUGAAUGCAAGUUUUGCAAUUGUCCCCGUUAUUGGUUAAUCUCUUACUUACAACCAUGGCCCUGAUGCAAACCUAUUUGCUUAUUUCUAUGUGAUGUAGAGCUUCACCCUUGGGGUUUUAUUGUUCUGAAAUGUUUUAAACUGUUAAAACACUAAAUGUCAAAUAAAUGUCACUUUUAAUGCGUCA